AUGAUCCGGGCCCCAUUUGGGCACAGCCGGGUGGCUCGCUUCAAUGCAUUUCAUCCUAGCCGAGCAAUGCUUAAGCGCCCCUCAACAAAAUAUCAAGCUCCACCAACAGUCAAUCUACCUGACCGAACAUGGCCAAGCAACACAAUCACCAAAGUUCCACGCUGGUGUGCAGUCGAUCUCCGAGACGGAAACCAAUCCCUUGUCAAUCCCAUGACAGUAGAGCAAAAGACAAAAUUCUUUAAUCUCUUACUCAAGUGCGGCUUCAAGGAAAUCGAGGUCGGCUUUCCUGCGGCUAGCGAUACCGACUUCGACUUUGUCAGGAAAAUCGCCAAGAGUCGUCAACCUGCGUUAGAUGAUAUAGCCAUACAAGUUCUUUCACCUGCUCGAGAAGAUUUAAUCAGGAGAACCUUUGACGCGGUUCAAGAUGGCAAAAACGUUAUUAUCCACAUGUACAACGCGACCUCGCCAUUAUUCCGUCAAACAGUCUUCCAAGCCUCGAAGGCCAAAACAAUCGACCUUGCCGUCCGACACGCCCAACUUGUCAGAGAACUCUCAGAUGAAGCAAUUUCUAGGGGCGACCGCACCGAAUGGCAAUUUCAAUACUCCCCCGAAACCUUCUCGCAAACCGAACCUGAAUUUGCUGUCGAAAUCUGCGAGGCUGUCAAAAAGACCUGGUUCCAUGGAAAAGAUAUGAAGAAAAGUCUGCCAAUUAUCUUCAACCUACCGGCUACCGUGGAGGUAUCUACCCCGAAUGUAUAUGCGGAUCAGAUCGAAUAUUUCUGUCGAAACAUCACCGAUCGAGAGCAUUGUCACAUCAGUCUCCACACCCACAACGACCGUGGUACUGGCGUUGCUGCAACUGAGCUCGGACUGAUGGCUGGCGCUGAUCGUGUUGAGGGUUGCUUAUUCGGAAACGGGGAGCGAACUGGAAAUGUUGAUCUAGUCACGGUAGCCUUGAACAUGUAUUCUCACGGUCUAGCGCCCCAACUAGACUUUAGUGACAUCAAAGAAGUGAUCGAUAUUGUGACCGAAUGCAACGAUAUCCCUGUUCACCCACGACAUCCAUACUCCGGAGACCUAGUCUUUACCGCAUUCAGUGGCUCGCAUCAAGACGCUAUCAAGAAAGGUUUUGCAAUCCAAACUGCCAAUUCACAUUGGGAAAUGCCUUACCUAUCCAUUGACCCACACGAUAUCGGCUGCGAUUACGAGGCAGUCAUUCGUGUCAACUCGCAAUCAGGAAAAGGAGGAGUCGCUUAUCUCAUUCAAGAACAUCUUGGAUUAGACAUGCCCAGGAGAAUGCAAGUUGCCUUCUAUGGCAUUGUCCAAAACCUGGCCGAUCGAACUGGACGAGAGAUGACUGUAGAGGAUAUCACGAAGUGCUUCCGAACAGCUUAUCACCUCGGUCUGGGCCAUGAAGGCCGUUUCAAGCUGCAAGAUUACUCGAUCGUCAAUGUGCCUCAGGCCGAUGGAAUGUCACAAAUUGAUCCAACCACUGGCGAACCUCUACCUCCCCGUAAACUGCUCAAAGCAACCAUCUUGAAAGAUAAGAAGAAGGUCGAGCUUUCGGGUGAAGGAAAUGGACCUGUCAGCGCGAUGAUGAACGCCAUGAGGACCCACUGCGGCUUGAUGCUCGAUGUCGUGAGUUAUUCUGAGAAGGCCAUCGGGUCUGGUAGUGAGACCAAGGCUGCUUCCUACAUCGAAUUGAAAGAUGAACGAGGCCGACACGUCUGGGGAGUUGGUGUUGAUGAAGAUGUCACGACCUCUCUUCUCAAAGCGGUCAUCAGUGCUGCCAACACUGCUUCAACUUCGGCUCAACAGCAGUCUGACGAAAUCUUUGCCACAGUAUUGGGCACUAAACCUGCCUGA